AUGUCUGCGCGGCUCAGAACGGUUGACGCCGAUGAUCAGGUGCAGCUUGCAAUCCUACAACACGAUUCUCGUCGUUUGCGAUAUGUACGCACUCUCAUUGGUGACACUUGGAGUCCGUUCACCACCACGUUCACGUCCUACCCAGUCCACCUGAGGACCCUUGUAGUCCGAGGAACGGACUUUGUCGCGACGAAGGAACGGAUCAACGAAGCUAUCAUUGCAUUCUCUGGUACCAUUACAACGUUCACAAUCCAGGAUUCCCUUCGAAUGUCCUACCAGGACUUUUGCGGAAUGCUUCAGUCUCUUGGUCAUUGUAAAUUGCUUCGAACGUUAACACUUCCCCGUCCUGCUAGGGAGCUCAAUGACCAUUCCUCUCCCCAACAACGCGCUGAUGGUGUUCAUGCUGCGAUUUCUGCGAUGACUCACACUGAAGAAGAAAAGGCGAAAGUGGUGUCCUUGCAGCUCAUCCCCUUAUCUCAUCGCCACGAUCCUCGAUAUACUGGUAAAGCCGCUCAUGCUCAAGAGUACGAAUGGUUGGACAGGUAUAAAUGCCCUUUCGACCUCAGCGAGCUUGAAACACUGGUUGUAGGUGCUGCUAGUGCUGCACAGAUCCUUUUUCCUUCAAUCUCGGAGAGCCUUACUAGGCUCGAGCUCUGUCUACCAUUUGACAACCGUACUGCUUGGACAGAAUACGGUAAAGUUUGCUGCCCAUAA